GACCUUCCUGUGUCCCCUGUGUCGAGGGGCGCCUCCGGGCUGCUCCUCACUCCUCCCAGUUUCCCCCGACAGAGGCUCCUCUGCAGACACUUCACAUGGACGUGUGGGGCCCGGCCCACGUCCGUGGGCAGGGUCACGAGCGCUACUUCCUGCUGGUGGUUGACGACUACUCGCGUUACAACACAGGCUUCCCCUUGCGCAGCAAGGGUGAUGUCAUUGAGGACGUCACGUUCGACGAGUCUGUCCCCUUCUACCGCCUCUUCCCCUACCGCACUCCUUCCCUCCCCCCGCCACCGGACUUCCUUGUGCCAGGUCCCCCCCCGGUAGACCCCCUCCCCCCUCAGGUUCUUGCCCCUUCAGGUGUGUCCCAGGUAGACGCCGUCGAGCCGGUCGAGGUUGAUGGUGACUCUGGUCCUGCUGCGGGUGCUGAGCCUUGGGGUGCUGACUCUGGGGGUGCUGUGCGCGUGGGUGCUGAGCCUGGGGGUGCCGAGUCUGGGGGUGCUGAGCUUGGGGGUGCCGAGCCUGGGGGUGCUGCGUUUGGAGCUGCUGAGCCUGGGGGUGCUGGGUGUUGGGGUGCUACGUCUGGAGCUGCUGAGCCUGGGGGUGCUACGUCUGGAGCUGCUGAGCCUGGAGGUGCGGAGCCUGUGACUGUUGGACCUCCCCUUGUGGCUUCUGGCAGUGCUGGGCCUGGAGGUUCUCCGGGUGCUCCGUCUCGGCGGGAGCCGCUCUCUCCACAGGAGCUGCGCGAGUGGUUUGCUCACCGCUGGAGGCGUGCUGCUGGAGCUGGAGCUUCUUCGGCCGCUGAGGAUGCUGGUGCCGCCGGUCCCGGAGCUGCUGGGCCUACGGGUCCUUCUGGAGCUGGAGCUGCUGAGGGGGUCGGUGCUGAGACAGCUGCUGUCUUUCCUGGCGGUGGUCCUACUACUGGUGCGGCAGGAGGUCCUGCCACUCGAGGUGCUGUUGGAGCUGGUGCUGCCGCUGAGGGUGCUGGUGCCGUCCCUGAUGUGCCAAGAGUCGCCGCGCGGCCUCGGCCGUACUUCGUUCCACUCCUGCAGCAGGUUCUUGGUCUCUCUCCUCCUGUAGAGUGUCCACCGCCUGUCCAGUCCCAGUCACUGUCAGAGCUUGCCUCCCCACUCCCUGCUCCCUCUCCUUACACUGGUCCUACUGGAGGUCUUGCUGAGCGUCAUAAGCCUGCGUCUCAUCCCGCAUCGCCUGUUUGUGCUGCUCGCGCUAGUGGUCGCGGUUCGCGUCAGCGUCCUCCUCCUGUCCCUGGCAUGCACCGGAUGUCUCUGCGUCCGUCCACUGCUCCUUUGCGUGCCCCUUUGCCUUCUCCUCCUGAGUCCUCUCUUCCUGCGCUUGCCGACCCGGAGUCGGAAUCUCUUCGUGCUGCUAGUCCUACUGUCACGCGUCUUCUUGCUACUGUUGUCACUAACCCCUCUUUUGAGUCCACUGCUGCGUCUGCUCUUGUCGCUGAGCUCGUCGACUUUGCUGCUCGCUGUCGUCUAGACUACGCUGCUAGUCUUGUUGCUGAGUCUGCGUCUGUCUGUCCUCCGUCCGUCGGGGGUGAGUGUGCUCUUGGCAUGGACGUCCUUGAGGACAGGCAGGAGGAGUUCCAGUGUCUGGCUGCUGCUUCACCUCAUCUCGCGUCUGUACUGCUUGCUCCUGAGGGAGACCCGGAUGCACUAGACAUCCCGACUCCGCGCUCUUACGCGGAGGCCGUAGAGGGUCCCUACUCCUCUCAGUGGCAGGCAGCUAUGGAUGCAGAGAUGGCUUCCUGGAAGUCCACAGGCACCUAUGUUGACGAGGUUCCCCCUCCUGGGGCGAACAUCGUCAGUGGCAUGUGGAUCUUCAGGGUAAAGCGGCCGCCUGGCUCUCCACCUGUCUUCAAGGCGCGGUACGUCGCUCGUGGCUUCAGUCAGCAGCAGGGAGUUGACUACUUUCAGACCUUCUCUCCCACCCAGAAGAUGACCACUCUUUGGGUGCUGCUGCACAUAGCUGCUCAGCGCGACUACGAGCUUCACUCUCUUGACUUCAGCACUGCUUUCUUGCAGGGCAGCCUGCACGAGGAGAUCUGGCUGCGCCGUCCGCCUGGCUUCACUGGGACUUUCCCUCCUAGCACCCAGUGGAGCCUCCGACGGCCAGUCUACGGUCUCCGCCAGGCACCGCGUGAGUGGCACAAUACACUGAGGACUACGCUUGCGGCUCUUGGGUUUGCUCCCUCUACUACUGACCCGUCGUUGUUUCUGCGCACCGACACUUCUCUGCCGCCGUUCUACAUCCUAGUGUACGUCGACGACUUGGUCUUUGCCACUGCUGACACUGCUGGACUCGCCUAUGUGAAGUCCGAGCUGCUGAAGAGACACACGUGCACAGACCUGGGUGAACUGUGCAGCUACCUUGGCUUGCAGAUGACUCGGGACAGAGCACGCCGCACCAUUACCUUGACUCAGUCACACAUGGUGCAGCAGGUCCUUCAGCGCUUCGGCUUCACGUACUCCUCGCCUCAGGCCACUCCUCUGGCUACUCGCCACUCGCUCUCAGCUCUGCCUUCGGAUGAGUCCGUAGAGUCGAGUGGCCCGUACCCAGAGCUUGUUGGCUGCCUCAUGUACCUGAUGACCUGCACACGACCUGACCUUGCAUACCCUCUGAGCAUUCUUGCACGCUAUGUUGCUCCUGGGAGACACCGACCAGAGCACAUGGCUGCAGCGAAGAGGGUUACGCAGCGAUCGUCACAGGGUUACACCUUCAGUCUGGGUUCCGGCUCUGUCUCGUGGCGGGCUACUCGCUCGUCUUCUGUCUUCAGAUCCACUUGCGAGGCUGAGAUCUACGGCGGGGCCAUGGCUGCACAGGAGCUUCGCUGGCUCACCUACCUGCUGACUGACCUUGGAGAGCCGCCUCGUUCUCCUCCAGUGCUGUACGUAGACAACAAGGCCAUGCUGGCCUUGUGUCGAGAGCAGCGCCUGGAGCACAGAACGAAGGACAUUGCUCUCUGCUACUUCCUUGCUCGUGAGCUACAGCAGCGUGGACAGUUGCGGCUUGCGUACGUGGCCUCUGAGGCCAACACUGCUGACGUGUUCACCAAGGCACUCGCGCUUGGUGACCAUCAGCGUUUCUCCACUCAGCUGGGUCUUGUACCAGUCUUGCCUCACUUGCUCUCCUCUUGA